AUGUUCCUCAUCUCCAGCAGUGUCCAUGGCAGCGACGAGCACGGGCGCCUGCUCAGAAGGACGCUGAUGCGCUAUGUCAACCUCACAUCCCUGCUCAUCUUUCGCUCCGUGAGCACAGCUGUGUACAAACGGUUCCCCACCAUGGACCACGUGGUCGAAGCAGUUUCUCUUUCUGAAAGAACUGGCAUCAAACACAUUCUGCCUUCCAGUUCUGAGAUGCAGAGCUUUUAG